GUAAAUUGGAAUAAUGAUUUUAAAAUUAUAUUUUCCUAAAAUCAAUUUAAAAUCAUCGAUUCUUAUGUUUGAUCGUCAACGAGAAGACUAAUAAACAUCAAUAUGCGUAGCUUAGUAUGAUACUGUGGCCGAUUUUUUGCAUACUAUAUGGAUUUCAAACAGUGUGGUGUGUUUCUGCCAGCCAAGCUCCUGGUGACAUCACGGUCAUGUUCAUAAGUCCAACCACUGUCAAAGUAUCUUGGAAAAUAUCACUAAUAGGUAUUGAAAAAUAUGACGUCAUGUACAAACCUACCAACGCCAGUUACAGGGUAGUAGCGGAGAUAGCGGUCAACUCCGAUUCCGUGACACUCGGUAACUUGAUGCCAAAUACACAAUACCAAGUCACUGUGACAGCGUUCAAAGCAGGUCGCCGGUUUCGUAGCAGACCAGUAAUAUUCAAAACACUUGAUAAAGGUGUGUCGUGGCCAGAUAUUCAACAUUCACAGAUGAAUACUAGUGGUGAUGUUGAUAUAUCACCACCGGAUGUUGUAGGUGGUGUUGGACAUUCAGUACCACCAGAAGGUUCUACUUCUCCUCCUUAUGUACAGGUGCGAGGAAUCGAAAUUACUAUUGUAGUGCUGGUCUUAAUGGUCUGGGUCGGCGCUAUAAUAAUGUUUUUCAACCGCUGGGGUAAAAUUAGGAUGCUUAUACCAUAUCAACCAGACUAUAAAGACACACAACUCAAAGUACCCGGAACAGGUGCAUGUAAUACAACCAACUCGUGCCAAAACCCAACAGGACCAAGUUUUUGUUGUUCGCAGGUCAGUGUUGUAUUUUCUGUUUUAAAAAACUUAAUGCUCAUUUAAAUUGUGUGAUGCACGUGAAAAUGUGAUUUUUGAAUAUUCUUUUCUUCUAUUUACUAUCGAUUAUUUAUAUUUUUUUCAUUUUUUAAUUUAUCAGCCUAAAUACAGCUACCCGAAAUGUACUAGAAGUCGGGUGUCAACUUAUAAUGUAGUAUGAAACGUAGCUUAUAAUGCAUAUUUUGUUGGAUACCAUUAGUCACCAGAGAGACCAGGGAUCACGAUAUUCUUUAAGUAACUAACCGUAUUAUGUGAAAAGCAAAAUAAAAAUUCCAACAUGCAACAACCCUUCGACCUCACCUCGUCUGUAAUGGUUAAUGGAGUGAUAUUGUCAUAUGUUGGAUAGUCUUCAAAAUAAAAGAUACUCAAAAAAAUGGAAAAUUAUUAAGUAACCAAACUAUUCAAUGAAUUCUAUUAAAAAAAAAAAUAAUGCUCUGAA